AUGAGAAAGGUCAAGGAGAGAAUACAAGUGCUGCAGAUGAUAGAAAUUCAAAGUGUCCAUGGAAGCUUAAUGCAGCUAUUAGGAAAAAAAUCACUUGGCCAAUUUAUGAUCUCUAGUUAUUGCGGACGCCAUACAUGUUCUAAUUCGACUGCAACUUAUGAUCAUAAGACUUUGACUUCCUAUUAUAUCACAAAGCUAAUUAUGCCCGAAGUUAGGCGGGAACUUGAUCUUACUCCAGGACAGAUAAUUACAAGGGUAUAUGAUAUGAAAAGAAUAACAAUAUCCAAGUUUAAAGCAUAUAAUGCACGGAGGAAGGCGUUGACUAAAAUCUUUGGAGAUUGGGAGGAAUCUUACCAAUUACUUUCGCAUUACCUUUCAGUAAUUAUGAGGAAAAAUCCGGGUACCGAAUAUGACAUAGUGUCUAAGGAGGUCGCGCCAGAAAUGGAGAGGUUCAUACAUGUUUUUUGGGCAUUUGGGCCCGCUAUCAGAGGGUUCUCUUUUUGUCGUCCGCUCUUAAGUAUCGAUGGAACACAUUUAUAUGGCAAGUACAAAGGAGUGCUCUUGGUUGCGACCGAUGUAGAUGCAAACGGUGGGCUAUUUCCUAUAGCUUUUGUAGUUGUGGAGGUGGAGGAUACAUCGAGUUGGAAGUGGUUUUUUCAAUGUAUUUACAAAUAUAUUUUGACUGUUCAAAGUCCACGAGUUAUUACCUUUAUUUCUGACCGGAUGAAAGGAAUUCCACGAGCCUUGCACGAGGGGUGGAGUGCACCACAUCAUCACCGAUAUUGCUUGCGGCAUAUAAGAGCUAAUUUUAAGAAAAAACAUGGAGAGGUCAAUUUACAAAAUCUAUUAUGGCAAGCCGGUUGUGCAACUGACUCACUGGUAUAUGAGCAUUAUAGAGAGAAAAUUAAAUCCAUAUCACUUGAAGCCCACGAUUGGAUUGAACAAAACUUGAAGCCACAAUACGAAGAUCGAUGGGCAUUAUGUAAAGAUGGUGGAGUGCGAUAUUGUAUGAUGACAACUAAUUGCUCCGAAAGUUUCAACGACGUACUUAAGGGUGCCCGUGCUAUGCCAAUUCAAGCCUUAGUUGCAAGGAUGUUUUAUAGAUUGAAUGCAUACUUUAAUAAGAGGCGUAGUGAUAGUGCAAAUUGGACGAGUAAGUACACUUCAAAAAAUGAGAUUAUUUUGCAGAAAAGGAGUAUGGCUGUGAGAACAUGUAGAAUUGAACAAUUCAACAACAAUGAGUGGGAGGUUAAAGAUUGUGAUGGUACAUACACCGUUCAUCUCGACGAUCAGGAAUGCGGUUGUACUUGUAGUAUACCACAAUUACAGAAAAUCCCAUGUCAACACGUUUUAGCAGCUAGUUCCAAUCAAGAUGGUGGAGCUAGAUUGCUUUAUGACCGAUAUUGCUCAGCUUGGUAUUCAACAAAUCAUUAUCGAAAGGCUUAA